AUGACCUUGAAAGACUUAAUUAAAAAUAUCGACGAAUGCAGCACAAACACUCACCAAUGUGAUCAAUACUCCACUACCUGUUCUAAUUCACCUGGAAGUUAUUCAUGCAAUUGUAAACCUGGAUAUGAACAAGACACCCAGUUCAAGUGUAAAGGUACGCAUUUCGUUUUGUUUAUUGAAUACUUAUUUUCUUCUGCAGACAUCGACGAAUGUGCCGAUGGUUCUUCUCUGUGUGACCCAAAAACCACUGACUGCAACAACCUUAAUCCGGGCUACGAAUGCAAGUGUAAAGACGGAAAUCUCCCAAUAGCUGGUGAAAUUUACAAAUGUAAAGCUAAGACUUGCAGCGCACUCAUUGAGUCGACAGGAACUAGUGUUUCUCCCUCUUCAUGCCUUCAAAGUCAGACCAGUGUUGUUGGUGAUUUAUGUAAAUUCAGCUGCAAAGCAGGGUUUGAGCUAUCUGGUAAUGAAGAUACUUUACUUUGCUUGCCUAGCGGAAGCUGGAAUGCUUCUAUAAUAAGCUGUACACGAGUAAGCUGUCCAGCGCUGGUUUCUCCUACAAAUGGUAAAAUCACCCCGUCAAGUUGCACAUCGACAGGAAAUGUUUUUGAGGGAAAAUGCUAUUAUGCCUGUAACAGUGGCUACGAUAUAUCCGGUGUAUUAUCAAAGACCUGCCUCAGUAGUGGCCAGUGGGAUAGUCAAGAGGAGCCAACAUGCACAAAACGUAAACCUUCGUUUAUAAGCCUUCCUCGCGUCCCUAACCCAAAACACAAAGAGGCUCCGAAAACCUCUGACUGCCCUUUGACCAUUUACGAAACAACGACCAGUACCAGCAAAGCUAUAACUUGGACCCCACCAACCUUCACUGACAACGUGGGUGUCAAAUCAGUUGACCUAACGGGACGCAAGCCAGGUGACACGUUUGAUAUUGGUUCCACCAACGUUCAUUACACAGCUGUCGAUGACAGAAACAACAAAGGAACCUGCGCUUUUACAGUUCAUCUUAAAAGUAAGUGUGUAAUUCUGUUCUCAUCCAGUUUACUUUUCAACGCAGAUUUCGUCGAUCCAUCAGGCGAUGGUUCGUGUCCUUCUGGAUAUGUAAAACAAGGUGAUCUCAAUGGAGUAACAGCGGAAAAUGUUUGCGUGAAAUGUCCAAUGGGUCUCUACUACGACACUCCUUCGAAGACAUGCAAGCCUUGUCAAAUUGGGUUCGUAAGCAAACAGGAAGGUUCCUUGCAAUGUGAUGCAUGCCCGACGAACACCUCAACUCUUGUAGAAGGCUCCAAAACGUGCACUGCUCAAUGCUUUCGCGGUCAGUUUUCCAACUCUGGGUUUGACUUGCCUGCCAAUCUCGAGCCUUGUGAGCCAUGCCCACUCAACACUUACCAGAACCAAACCGGCCAGAAAGGAUGUGAAAAGUGCCCUAAUGGAACCACCACUCACGGUUCAGGAUCAACCUCAGUUUCUGACUGUGGAGGACCACCGAUAAUCUCAUCUUUUGGACCAAAUCCGACAAACGCUACCGAAAACCAACAGACACAGUUUGAAUGCCACGGCCACGGGCUACCACUCCCUACUUUUAGCAUCACGAAGGUGAAACCGGCACCAGACGGUUUUGGCGGUCCAGUAAAGCAAGAGUACAUAAUAGGUCCCGACGGAAACNUUUCACAGCCAGCUGCCGAAGUUGCUUACACAGUAAGAACACAAGGUGGAAGGAAUGAGUGA